AUGAAUUGGAUUAAACAUGUUGUGGAUUUUAAAAACAGAUUUCUUGAAAAUUUCUUUGGUCAAUCUUCGAUUCAUGGAUUUCCUUACGUUGUUAAGAAGGAAACACAUUUCAUUGAAAAAUUAUUCUGGAUAGUUACGAUUUUAUUGUCCGUUUAUGCAACCUUUUAUGCUUUUUCCAAUCAAUGGAAGCGGUAUAAUGAAAAUCCAACAGUUCUUUCAAUUGGAUUCUUAAAACCAUCGAAAUUGAACCGCCCAGCAAUAACUAUUUGUGCUCCCUUUUACACUAAUGAAACAGAAGUCGUUGAAAUAAUUGGAAAUAUUUGGGGAGUUGAUAAUUCAUCAGUUUCAUAUGAAAUUUAUGACAACUUUCUUCAUACGAUGUCAGAAUUAAAUUAUAAAAAUAUGGGAAACCUUAAACCAUUCCUUGAACAUUCUGACAAAAUUUACAAUAAUGUUAUAAAUAACCAAACAAUCGACUUGUCUGUUAUAUCCUACAUGUUGAAGAACUCAAGUGCUAUAGCUCAACCAGAAUACAAUCAUGUAAUCACUGAGCUGGGGCUUUGUCAAAGUACAACAAAAUAUAAUUCACUUCAAAAUCCUUUCUAUAAAGAGUGA